AUGCCUGGCUCGACUUCGCUGUGCUCGCUCGAAUGCGCGCCUCCGCUCUCUGACUCAGGACAACGCGCCUUUGAAGGCGAAACAACAGCAACGCCUGCUCCACGCAAGCUAGGACGGCCUCUUUGGCAGCGCACUCCUGCCACCUCUGCUGAUAGCUCUGUGACAUCAAAUAGCGUCCGCCAGACGACCUGCGUGCGGCAUACGCAAGUCGAGCGCAAGUAUCGCGAAAGCAUCAACAUGCGGCUCGAGCGCUUACGCCGGGCUGUAGCAACAUUACCGCAGGCUGUUGGGGCCGAUGCCAUUGGAGUGGCGAAGCCAAGUAAAGGCAUCGUGCUAGCGGCAGCGAUUGACUAUGUCGGCCGCAUCGAGAGAGAAAGAGACGCCGCCAUGGAUGAGAUUGAGCGGCUAGCAGGCGACGUUAGAACUAGGCAACUCGAGAGGUAUUAG